GAAUGGAACAGAGAAACAGCAUCAAAUGCCCAAAAGUGGGCAAACAAGUGCACUUUAGAACACAGUAGUGCAGCGGACCGAAAAACCAGUAUGAAAUGUGGUGAGAAUAUCUUUAUGUCAAGUAACCCCACUGCCUGGUCAAAUGCAAUUGGGAAUAAUGUGAGUAAAAAGAAUACCCCUUACCAACAAGGAACACCCUGUGCCAGUUGCCCUGAUAACUGUGAGGAUGGACUAUGCA